UUCAGUGUGACAGAGUGGCAAGCAGAACCGCUAGAUUUUGGGAAUACAGAGGAUCCGAUCAGAACCCGUUCUAUCGUCUUCCAAAUUAACUCAGUUACUUUCAGACAAAGUUUAAUUUAAGUUGACACCCGAAGAAAUCUUCAGAACAUCGUGCCAAACUUAUUUCUAAAUCUAUGAAUUAAACUUAAACGGUGGAGGGUAUCAGAUCUUAUUCAAUUCAGUAUGGAAUUUGAUUAAAAUCACUGAAGUUUGGAUAUAGGUGGUUUGGACAGAUAAUGGUAACCAAAUUCUAUUUGUGACAAUCAAAUCCAGUGUUGACGCGUUGAAGUGUGUAUCAAGGAGAUACCAUGUGACGGAAAAUUGGACAAAUACUUAAUCUUCAUCUCGAAUCUUCACAUUUCAAGUAGAGUUUUAGUUCAGGACAACUGAACGGGGUGAGCUUUACUGGUAUUUUCUUAAAGAUGAAAGCCACAUAGGACUAUGCGCGCACGAAGUUGCCAUGACAUAAUGGGAAGCUAGAAUAUUGGGAGUACCAAAUACUGGGAAUGCCUUAUUACUAGUAAGUUUCUAACAUCUUUGAAUUUGAAUUUAAACGGAAAUUGGCAAUUUGUCACACAUUUGUAAACAAAAAAAAGCACAAAAAAAACUGUUUUCUUCCUGUCAUCGCCCCAGGCACCUUCGUGGUGGAGAAAUGGGAUGACAGGGGGCAGCUGAGGUGAGACUGAUAAGGACAAUGAUUGUGCCCGGCGUUGGCAUCCCGCUCCCGGAGCGUCUGUUGCUGAUGUUGGUCCUGCUGUCUGUCUCUGAGUCGAGGCUCACUCAAGCUUGCCCUGGGCUCAUCACUAGUGGCUGCAGCUGUACAGAUGAACGCUCCAAAGCCCACUCCACUCAAACUGUUCGGAAAAGAGUCAGCUGCGGUAACGAAGAACUUUCUGAAACUCCAGAAUCCGGCCUGCUACCGAACCAGACCGUUACAUUAAUUUUGAGCAACAAUCGCAUCAGGGUUCUGAGAAAUGGAUCCUUUGUUGGACUCUAUGCCCUGGAGAAACUAGACCUUAGGAGCAACCUCAUCAGCACCAUCAUGCCUGGAGCCUUCCAAAGUUUAUCUGAUCUUCGGAAGCUUGACCUGUCCAACAACCGCAUUGGCUGCUUGACUCCAGACAUGUUCCAGGGACUCACCAACCUCGCCAAACUGAACCUCUCUGGAAACAUCUUAUCUACCUUGGACUCGGGGGUCUUUCAGGAGCUCCCCUCUCUUAAGCUAGUGAACUUCAACUCUGACUUCCUGUCAUGUGACUGUGGGCUGCGCUGGAUGCCAGGUUACUUUCGCACCAGUACAGCGCGGCUGGGGGACGAGACCGUCUGUGCCUAUCCCAAAAGCCUCCAUGGAAAGCCUCUGCGUGGACUGAGGGAAAGUCAGCUGAGCUGUGAUGGGCCUCUGGAGCUGCACACCCUGUCUCUCCUGCCCUCCCAGCGCCAGGUGGUCUUCAAGGGGGACCGAAUGCCCUUCCACUGCACUGCCGCCCUGGUGGACAAAAUCACUGCGAUGCACUGGCGCCACAACGGCCAGCUGGUGACCUCUGACCCUGAACAGGGCAUCAGUCUGGAGGCCAGUGUGGUGCAUGACUGCACCUUCAUCACCAGUGAGCUCAUCCUGUCCAACGUGCAUGUGGAGGCCAGUGGAGAGUGGGAGUGUGUGGUGGCCACUGGGCGGGGCAACACUUCCCGCAGUGUGGAGAUAGUGGUACUGGAGAACAGUGCCUCCUUCUGUCCGGAGGAGAGAGUCACUAACAACCGGGGGGAGUUCAAGUGGCAGAAGACCCUGGCAGGUAUCACCUCCUACCAGUUCUGUCUCCAGCUGCGCUACCCCUCCCUGUCCAUGGGGGGUGGUGUGGUGCAGAAGCAGGCAUCACGCUACUGUGACCGCUCAGGGAGCUGGGAGGAGGGAGACUAUGACAACUGUCUCUACACUAAUGACAUCACACGGGUCCUACACACCUUCAUCCUGAUGCCCAUCAAUGCCUCUAAUGCGGCCACUCUGGCACGUCAGGUGCGUACCUACACUGUGGAGGCAUCCGGUUUCACUGACACCAUGGACGUGAUGUACGUGGCCCAGAUGAUGGAGAAAUUCAUGGAAUAUAUCCGACCACUGAGAGAGCUGUCAGAGAUGCUGGUGGACAUGGGCAGUAACCUGAUGCAGGUGGAUGAUCAGAUCCUGGCCCAUGCCCAGACAGAGAAGAGAGCCUGCAGCUCCAUAGUCCACUCUCUGGAGACCCUGGCCUGGCCCCAGCUACACAGCCAUGCCCAGGACCUCUCCAUGAUCUCCAGGAACAUUGUGAUGGAGGCCCACCUUAUCCGUCCGGCCCACUUCACUGGAAUGAGCUGCACAGCCUACCAACGCCGGGAGACCUUGUUAGGCAACCUGGGCAUGGAGGGGGCAGAGCCCACCCACGAACAGCAGCUCCGCUUCCGCUGCACCACUGGCACCCACAACACCUCCCUAAACAACUUCCCCAUGAAGAAUGCUGUAGCCCUGGCCUCUGUGGUUCUUCCUGCCUCUCUGUUCCCCCCGGACGCCCCGUCAGACUGUAAGCUCCAGUUUGUGGCGUUCCGUACUGGGAGGUUCUUCCCUUUCUCUGGGAACUCUAACGGUCCUGGAGAGCACGUCCGCAGACACAGUAUCAACAGCCCAGUGGUCUACGUAGGCCUGGACGGGUGCAGUCUGUGGAACCACUCGGAGGCUAUCCUGGUGUCCCUGCGUCACUUGACCCCAGGCAGCGAGCCGGUGGCGGCCCACUGGAGCUUACAGGCACUGCUGCAGAAGCAGGGUGGGUGGAGCCAGGAGGGCUGCCAACUAGCCCACACUGACUCUGCCACCUCCACCCUGCGCUGUUCUGUGCUCAGCAACUACGCUGUGUUGCAGGAGGUUCCUGACUUCCCCCACUCCCCACCCAUGUCAGUGAGGGUGCUCCACCCUGUGGUUUACACCUGUACUGCAAUCCUUCUCCUCUGCCUCUUCACCAUCAUCAUCACACACAUACUACACCACAGUUCUAUAAAUAUAUCCAGAAAGAGCUGGCACACCUUACUCAAUACCUGCUUCCACAUCGCUAUGACCACAGCUGUGUACGCCGGAGGCAUCACCCUGACCAGCUACCCAAUGGUGUGCCAGGCAGUGGGCAUCGCUCUACACUACUCCUCCUUGUCUACUCUGCUGUGGAUUGGUGUCAGCGCCAGAGUCCUCUACAAAGAGACUGUCUGGAGGAUGCCACGGCAGCCAGAGGGAGAGUCUAAUGUUCCCCCUACUCAGCGGCCUAUGCUCAGGUUCUAUCUAAUAGCUGGUGGUGUUCCUCUCAUCGUAUGUGGCAUCACUGCAGCUGUCAAUGUCAACAACUAUGGGGACAACAACCCUUACUGCUGGUUGGUGUGGCGGCCCAGUUUGGGGGCCUUCUUUGUCCCCGCAGGCUUGGCGGUAUUGGUGACCUGGAUCUAUUUCCUGUGCACUGUGUUUCGCCUGAGGCACCGGGUGUCCAAAGAGUGCCCAAGAUUCUCCCUGUCCUCCCCUGUGCCUGAGAGCCAGCCAGCCCUGGGUGGCAGCACCAGCCUCCUGUCCACAGACUCUGUGGUGGGGACCAUACAUACUGCGUUGACCCCAGAGGACCAGUACACCCUGAAGGUGCAGUUCCUGGUGCUGGUAGCCACCCACUUCCUGUUCCUGGCCCUGUGGAGCUGUGGAGCCAUGGCCAUGUGGCUGACAGGGCGCAGCAGCCUAUUUUUCAGCUGUCUCUAUGGAGUAGCUGCCACCGUGUUGGGGGUGUUCCUGGUGGUCCACCACUGCUUCCGACGCCUGGAUGUGCAGGCCUCCUGGCUAAGCUGCUGUCCAGGAAAUCGGCGCUCCCAGCCCAUACCAGUCUACACGCACACCUGCACCACUGUGAGUGGGGUGCAGACCACCUCUGAACAGGGAUCCCAGAUCUUCAUUGGCUGCCAUCCUCCAGGGGAUCCCCACAACACCUCAUCAGCCAGGUCCUCCUCCACCCCCAGUGGGAUCAGCAGUGUGGGCCCUGGGCCCUGCAAACUUACCAACCUGCUGCAGGUGGCACAAGAAAAUAGCAACAAUGCCACUCGUGCCCCAGCAGGCAUCAUCACCAGCACCAGUACAGACAAUAACAACAAGCAAGCUAACAACCUGCUGCCCACACUAGGCUCUGUAGCCCCUGUCCAGCCUCAGAGGAGGAAGGUCAGUGGCAGAACUAAACAAGGGAGCAGCCAGUAUCACCACCGAGGUGAAGGCAGAGGUCACUACCGUCUCAAAGCUAUGAGGACUGGUGGGGGAGGGGGCAGUAUGGGAGCACUGGGACCUACAGGUAUAGAGCAGCACAACACCGCCCAUCCAGCCCACAAACAGGCCGCUAGUGAGAAUGGCAGUCUCCAUCACAGCCACUCUGAAAGCCCGGCCAGCCCGCUAACCAACGGUAACGGUAGGAGAGUGGGGGGGACAGUGACCACCAGCCCCUCAGAGGGUAGCGACGGGGGCAGCAGCGGCAGCCGUAAGCCCUUCCCUCUGCUCCCCUCUGUGGCCAGCAGGGUGGCCAUGCAAGGUAGUAGGUGCAGCGCCAGCCGAGACAAUCUGAAACUGGCAGCGGCUGCAGAGCGGGAAGCUAAGCGCUGCUCCUACCCUCUCAACAGUAUCACUACCACUGUUCCAGGGGCUGCCCCUAACGGCACCAUCAAGAGCUCUGUGAUAGAGCUGGAAUUGGACACAAGUUGUACAGACCAUUCCCAGAGCUCUGUGGGCAUGAAAAGUAUGUGGAAGAGUGAAACUACAGUGUGACCCUCACUCUCUCCCAGCAAAUGUCCACAGUGGACCCUGGCAAUAUUUGAUAUGACUGCUGUUGUUGUAGUGUCCUACACCUGUAGAGACAAAUCCUCAUCUGAGAUCCAUUUGUGUAACUUCCCAGCUAGCAUAUAACGUUCUGAGAACCAUAGGUUUCUUAUAGAGCUUGGUGAGAGCGUGGUUGUCCUAUGGUUAUUUUGUAUAAAACCUUCCCACAACUUUCUGCAAAUGGUGCAGGAUAGUUGCUUGUCUUUGAAACAUCCUCAGUACAUUUAAGGAGCUUGACCAAAAAAAAGUUAUUUUCUUGGUAUUUCAUUACUUUAAGAGAACAUUCAAACAUGGUUACAUUUAAUAAAAAUGUUGGUAAUGUUCUAGAAACAUUCUCCAUCUGGUUUGACAUUUGGAAUGUUCUCAAAUAGUUCAGAGAACUUUAAGACACAACGUUCUUCUGUGGGAAUUUCAGUCCUUCAGCAUAAC